AUGUCUUCUGAACUCAGGUACACAGCGAAUACGCAACUAGAGCAUCUUCAUGCUCGGUAUACGGGUACUGGACACGCCGACUUGACUAAAUACGAAUGGUUGACCCACCAACACCGUGACACGCUCUCUUCGAUCGUCGGCCAUCCUCCAUUGAUGUCUUACCUGGCUAUUGCUGACGGAGAAGCUAUUGGGCGCGUUAAGUUUGAAAUGACCGAACGUAUGCUGCAGCCAUGCGGCCCCCCUCCUGCCAAAGACGACUAA